AUGAUAAAAUACAUUUUAAGUGAGGAGAAGAAACCUAUUAUCAGCGAAAUCUUCAAAAUGCUGCCGGAUCCCAAUAUCGAGCUGAAAGGUAGCGAGAAGCGGAAAUCAUCCAAAUGGCUUAGAGAAGAUCACUCUGCCGAUACAAGACCUUUGGAAAUCGUGGAUCUUUAUACUGGUAUUACCCUUCUAUUAAUCGGCAAGAACUCCGGCAAUCGAUGGGUGGCUAAUGCAAAUGUCCGGAUGCUGGCCAUUAGUGGCAAAUUCCGCGUCUUCUAUGCUCGGAAGACGAUACCGAUUACUGCAGGCCGUGCUUCAUUUGUGGCUUGCUCGGCACCCGGGAGCGCAUGGUCGCGAGUACUCUUCAUCUUAAGUUUACAUGUCGUUCCAGAACAUCGCCUUGCCAUCUCGUCUGUCCGGAAACUGAGCAUACUAGUGUUUGUUCUUGCGGUCAUGGGGCGCCUCUCAGUCCGACUGAAGAUGGCUUCACUUCGUUGGCUCUUGUAUGCUAUUCCAUUUGCGAUUGCCAUGGGUGCUGCAGUAUGCGCGGUGCCACUACCACCUGUUCUUACCAUGGCUGUUCCCCCAAUUCUCUCCCCUCCGCCCGAGGACGCUCUUAAAUUUAUACUUGCCUCAAUUCCAGAUCUCAUUAACCGUUUGGCCAAAAGCGAUACAGAUGCCUUUUUUGAAGAUUUUCUGAAGCUUUUGAACGCCUUCAUCAGUGCCUUUCAAGCCCUCCCCAUUCGUCUUGACUCAUCUUCUAGUUCAAGAUUUGGCACCACUUCGCCACUGUCCAUGAUAGACUUUAACACACUAAUGACAAAGGCUGCCAUGGAACUCUCUUCGCACAGCAUUCCCGCUAACCAGACAUUGAGGGGUGUUACGUCCAAUCCCAUUCGUAAACUUAUCGUGGGAAUGACCAAUGCCUGCGCACUCUCCGCCAACCGGUUUGGGCCUGAUACUUCCAAAUAUCAGCUCGCGAUGCUGGACACCAAUAUCAGUCCCUUUUUGGGAGCAUUUUCUAGCGCAACUGGAUCGAAUCCGACUGAGUUCGUGCCACAGGAUGUGGAUGCCAUGAUGAAUCUUAGAAACUGCUUCCCGAGCACUGCCAAACUGUUUUCUUCUGGUGCUUAA